AUCACCCCUCAGCAGACUACUGUAUCUACCGAGUGCAGCGUUGAGCUAAAGGAAACGGCGACAACAUGCCGGCCAGAGGUGGAGAGUGUUGAGGUCUCCUGCGUCCCGACGCUCUCCACCACGGCGAUGGCUACCGUAACCCCGCUAUUGGCGGACAACGGGGUCCAGGCUGCUGCGACGAGAACGGAUCGACAAACGCAGGUGGAAUUGCAUCGUCAGGAGACCGUGGUGGGACCCGAUCACCUCCCGGAGACUUCCGAAACCCAAACCGACGAGCAACUAGAAUUGAACACCGUUCAAUUGUGGUCUGACUUUGACGUGGUCGCCGUCGGCGAGGAGGACAAUUCUGAGCACGAGACUGUAGAUGAACAUGUCGAGGUGUGGCAGGAGACACCGCUCGGCCCGCAGCUGUGGUCUGAUUUUGAUGUGGUGGCUGCCAAGAAUUCCGGGCAGCUACAGAGUACGGAGCAGCAGCAGAUGGUUACUGUACCUCUACAAGAAACGGGCGAAAUAUCUGAGAAUAAGGAAAAGCCGAAGAAGUUGGUUAGGAGGAAGAAGAAGCCGAAAAUUGAAGAUGUUUCGGCGCAGACGGAAGAACCGCCGAAAAUUGAUCAGGGCAUCGGGACUGAAAACCAGCAAUGGAUUAAGAUCUACAUGGACGAGCUGGAGGCGGUGAGGAAGGGACAGCGGCGGGAUGUUGGUCUCCAGACCGGUGUGCUGUCCCGGGUUGAGCAUCUACUCGGCCGGAAGGUGACCAUCACCAGCGAGGAGGACGACCCGGCGGCGGCUUCCACCUCGAAAAAGACGCCCCACGCCGCCCUCGAGUCGUUCGGCGAGGGUAUGACGAAGGCUAGCAGCGACGAGGCGCUUCAAAUGACGCGCGCCGCCGAGCCGAGGCCGUUCGGCAAGAAGCGUUCUACUUCUUAUAAGAAU